AUGUCUUUAACUCUUCCAAUUACAAACAAUUAGCAAUAUGUAAGCAGUGGGAUUAGAAUUGGCAGACCAAAUGAAAAUUAAUAGGUGUAAUUGGAAGUCUCUAAUGAUAAAGUCAUAUUUAUUGCAAAUGUUAAAAGGGAUCUAGAUAAUAUGAUAAAUAUUGGACCGCUGUUUCAUUAAGCUAUAUUGGUGGUUACUUCAAAUACAGAUACAACUUCUAUUGAUAAUAAUAUGAAAUAUCAUAUUGUUGAAUACAUGAAGCUUGAUAAAGGGUAGAGUGAAGUGCGUUGUUAUUAGAUUAAUAUAAAUAUAAAAAACAAUCCUAGAUAUUUGGAAGAUUUGAGAGAAUUUCAAGAUGAACAAUAUAAUUGGAAAGUGAUGCAAAAUAGUUGGUGGGAUAGUAAGAAAAAAUUUUAAGUUAAUGGCAAUAUUUUAGUUAGUCACAUUAAGAAUUUGAUGACAAUGAAUGCCAAUUAUCAGGGAAAUUAUCAUUUAGUUAAUAAUAACUGCUAAACAGUAGCCUCUGUAACAACUCAAUAAUUAUUCGAUUUAAUAAACAGAAACUAAAGAGGAAUUUGGAAUUUAAUUAACAGAUUUGUUGGGGGUUAUAUCAUUUAACCAAUAAUUGAUAUUGUUAUGAGAAUACCAUAACUUUUCAUAAAACUUUUAAAAAUAUUAAAAUAUGUUGUUAAAGUAAUUCCUGGAUAUUUAAAGGACAAAAUUGUAAGAUUAUUUCAGUAAAUUUAUUGA